AUGUUGUCAAGACUAUCCUGCGGAUCAUCAUCACUGCAACUUCCCAACAGUGUUGCUGUGGCUUUUCGUUGCUUUUCGAAAACGACUUACAAUACUGCACGAUAUGCUGGACGUCGAGUUGCUGAAGGAAACUAUGGUUUUGGAAGCGCUACACGAACAUCUCUUAAAGAACGUUUAAUGGGGCCUACCACCGGAAAACCAUAUACGUAUGGAAGUGCAGCCGUAGCUGGGGCGUCAUUACUUGGAAUUGGUGCGUUGUGUUAUUACGGACUGGGCCUAUCGAAAGAAGGUCAGAGUAUUUUAGUACAGUCUGGAACAUGGCCAACAUAUGUACGUGAUCGAAUAAAGGCGACAUACGGAUAUUUGUUUACAUCACUUGGGAUAACAGCAGCUUCAGCUGUGGUAGCAUCGAGAUCGUAUCAUAUUUCGCGUUUGAUAAUGGGGUCGCCAUUCAUCUCAAUGGCAGCUGUCAUGGCAAGCAGUAUCGCAGUAUCAUUAAUCGAUUACGACAAUACAUUGCUGAAACAUGCAGCUUGGAUUCUGCAUGCAGGCUUAAUGGGUACCUUUAUAGGGCCAAUCUGUUUGAUGGGUGGCCCGUUAGCUAUGCGAGCCGCUUGGUAUACUGCUGCUAUCGUCGCAGGUCUAUCAACAAUUGCUUUCACAGCACCUUCUGAAAAAUUCUUGAUGAUGGGAGGCGCUUUAGCUAUGGCACUUGGUGUUGUUUUUGCAUCUUCCAUUGGAACUUUCUUUCUUCCUCCGACAUCCGCGUUGGGUGCAAGUCUAAUGUCGAUUUCCAUUUAUGGUGGUCUCAUUCUCUUUUCACUGUUUUUGUUGUUCGAUACACAAUUUGUUAUCAAACGGGCGCAUAUGUAUCCGAUUUCGGGCACAAGUGAAGAGCAAAUCUACAAGACGGGAUAUUAUGGUAGUAUUGGCACUGGAUAUUAUGAUGUUGCUACACCAAAGAUGCGUCGAUUUGAUCCUAUUAACGCACAGCUCUCCAUUUAUGCAGAUGUCUUGAACAUUUUUAUUCGAUUGGCAACAAUAAUGAUGGGCAUGCAAAGUGGCAGAAAACGAUAA